CAUUUUAUGUUCACAAUUGAAGACAGAGUAACGUGAAGUGUUUUGUGUUCCACGUGUGAUUCUUAUUUUCACGCUUAAAAAAAUGGGCUGGUCCUUUGAAUCGUUGAACACGGUCGUUUACCUAAGUGAGCUGGCUGCUGUUGAGAGGAAAAUUAACCGCAGAUUGCCUAAUCUACGGUGGAGCGACUUCCAGGCGACUGGCUGAGAUCCGGACCGGAACAAAAAAAAGUGACUGAAAUGGCCCCGCGUGCCGCCUGUUCCCGAGAUCCAGCAUCCGACACCUUGUCUAUGAUGGGUGACAAUCUGGGGGUCGUGACUGAGGAGCCUGUGGCGUUCCUAGGCCUUCCUGCCCUAACGGAGCCAAAGCUACAUCCUCGUAGGAAAAGGCUGGAAGUGGACUCGCUGGAUCGAAGAAGAAUGCUGCAGGUGUUCCGAAAGGCCUUUCGGCACCUACGGGCAGCACUGUUCAGGGUCCUGAACCGCUGCACAGCUGCUGUAAAGGCGCUCUGUCACGUAGGGCUCCUGUCCCACAGAAUGACGGAUGCCUGCGUGGUCCCGUACAAAUCUAUGGAGAGCUGCAGGGAAGACGAGGGGUCCACAUUACAGGGUGUGGUGUGGACCCCGGGGGUACCGCAAGAUGAAGAGGCUGAAUGUGUCCCAGAUGAGAAGAUGGUGAACGAAGAGGAUUCUGUGGCUGCCUCAGAUAAGAUCAUGGAAGGUGACAAUUUAGGGGAGACUGUAACAGAGGAGCUGGUGUGCGCCCUAGUUGAUUGGCUAGAGUGGGACACUACUGAGGAGGAGUUCUGCACUGAGGUCCCCUUGAAAGUUCUUCAUGGUUUUCCUCUCCCCUGCCUUGAAAUAAGCUCUGUACCCAGUCCCACCACUGCCUCUUCUAAAGGGGAAGUGGAAUGGGACAGUGAUUCAAGCUGGGAUGACGAUGACUCGGAUGAAGACUUGGAAAGAAACUCGGAGCUCUGGGAGUCCUUCAUGUGCAACAAUGAUCCAUACAAUCCUUUCAAGUGCUCCCCCGUUUCAGCUGUGAAUGACAGACAUGUCAAGAUGGAGAGCUGCACACAGAGGCCUCUUCAGAUGAGUGGAAGGAGGGAAGAUGUUUGUGACAAAGAGCUGCCUUCUCCAGAGGAUAAGGCAGUGGUGUCGAGCAGGAAGGUGCGGUUCAGCAAUGUUGUGAAAGUGCACCCCCUGGUGACAUGGAGCUUCGCUAGCCGUGCAGCGCGUGAUGGUUCCUGCUGGCAGGAGAUGGCAAGAGACCGAGCAAGGUUUAAGAGGAGGGUGGAUGCUGUCAGUGAAAUCAUCAGUCCCUGCCUCUUGCCAGAACACAGAGCCAUGGUGUGGGAAAGAGUGCAGCUGCUGUAAAUGCAUUUACUUUAGCAUGAUGUUGCCUGUCCAGUGUGAUGUAUUACUGUUCUGUACAUUUAGUUGUGCCCAGUCUGAACUGUUUCAUGUAUUGCUGUUCUUGAAAUAAACAUUUUGUUAAUCUUA